GGUCUGCCCCCCUCGAGACGACUUUUCAAUCCAUGUUCGCUCCGUGGUUCCUGGAAAGGAGAUGACCCCGCAGGUUUAGCGGCGAGGAAUAGAGUAGAAGGCUCCAUUGGGGAAAUGGGCCAUGCAGAAGCACUUUGUUUCACGGCAAGGUCUCACGGUUCAGCAGAUUUCCAAAGGCGUGCGGCGUGCCAUUUGCCAGCUUUAUCAAGCGAGGGCCCGUGA